AUGCAAGCGACCCUACAGUCGUCGAGUCCACGGAUGCGCUUUGACAGCGUCCCCGAGUUUGCGGUUGGGGAUGAGAGCUCUACGAGCAUAAGUCUUCCAGCACAAGACCUUUCCGCCUUGUCUCCUGGCAAGCGAAGCGGCCAUCACCAUCGUGGAAGCUCGAGCAGCUUUGUGAUGGUAAAACAAGUGCAGGAGACGCCUGAGCAGCUUGUCGACCAGAAUGUUUCACAGAAUGUAAAUGCGGAGUGGGUGAAUAUGAAAGGCGCCUGGGUGAUCCAUGUCGUCCUAAUCAUGCUUGCGAAAAUGAUUAUCAACGAAAUCCCCGGCGUGUCUGACUCGGUCAAGUGGACCAUGGUGACCAUGGGAUACAUGGUGGUGACCUAUAUUAUCUUUCAUCUGAUCAAGGGUGCGCCGUUCGAUGUGAGCGGCGGCGCCUACGACGACCUCACACUCUGGGAGCAGAUCGACCAAGGAUUUCAGUAUACGCCUGCAAAAAAGUACCUGACGAGCCUUCCGAUUGGACUCUUCCUUUUAUCGACACACUACACGCAUUACGACCCAUGGCUGUUUGGGAUUAAUUUGGGCGCGCUGCUUUUUGUCCUGUUCCCCAAGCUGCCCAUCCUGCAUCGCUCGCGGCUCCUCUUCUUCCCAUCUGACAUGUCCGUCACACGUCACUAUAUGGACGCACGCGCUUCGCUCCCUGCUGACCAACGCGAUUUGCUUGUGCGCACAGGUAGUGCGCCUUGUACUUCUACUCCGCGCGACAUUGAUGAGGUCUCGCGGUCGCCGCCGCCGACCUCGAUCCUGCUCAACCACAGCGCACAUGCGCGGCGCCGCUCGACCGGCACGUAUGGCACGGCACUCCCUGCGCCAGUGCAUACGCAGCUGCCUGUACAGUACGGGACGGACCCGCCGGUGUGGCGCAAGCUGUUACCGACAGACAAAACAGGCCAUCCCCGAUUAUUGCAGCGUGCGGGAUGGCGAGCAGCAUUGCUCAAAGCGCGCGCUCUGCGGCGCACCGUUACGAUGAAUGAUGCGUCCGAUAGCGGGAGCGAUGCCGAGAGCACCGACAUGCCGAUCGGCGCUGAGGAGCUCGCCGAGUUGAAUGCAAUUAUCAAUACACGCCGCAGCAUGGCCGCAGCACACGCGCUGGCCCAAAGCCGUGCCGCGUCGCUGACAGAGUACGAGAUGGACACCAAGGAUACCCAGACAGAGUGCUCCGAAGUACACAAACACAUGCGCGGGGGUGCGCGCGCCGUCCGCAAUCCCUCGCCCUACUCUUCGCGCGAUCCGUCUCCAUCCACUAUCUCGACAGGGCGCGAUUUGUCGCCUGCACGCCGUGCCAUUCGAUUUGCGCCGCUGCCGGACCCGUACGAGAAUAGGAUAUUCGUUGAAGAAGAGAGCUCUGGAAAAGCGCGCAUUGGGCGGAGCAACAGCACCGGCUCUAUGUGUCCGGGCACUUCGAUAGAGUGCGACCGAAUGGAAGAGCGCGCGUCGACAAGCCGCGCGUGGAAUGUGUUUGCGCGGACGAGCCGCGAUGAAUCGAGUGCAAGUCAACGUAGCGCCGCCUUGCUUGAGGAACGGCUACGCCGCCGCGAGCUCGUGCGCGCGAUCAGGCCGGGUGGCACAGGGAUGGUAACACUGCUCGAUGGCGAGCGAAUCCCUGCGCGCCAUGUCGGCGACAAGGAUAUAAAGCCGCUGCAUGCCUCUUUAUGGGGCUUUGCCGCAUUGGAGCGCCUGCGCGUCGCAGCGCAGGAGGAAAAACAGGCGCGCGCGCAGCGCAAUAUCGAGAAUGCGUGCGAAACACAGCGCCGGCGCGAAAACAAAGUCGCGGCGAUCGGUGCGGAGGCGAGAAAACGCGCGCAAAAAAACCAUUAUGUGCUUGCGGACCCAGACCCCAGUGUAAGCAUCCCAACGCCCUCGCCGCUCCUGCCACGCCGGCCGGAUGCGAAAGGGAUCAGUGUUGUGCCGUUGCCCCAGCUCGGGAAACGGCCCGAGCGCCCGAAAGAGGGGCGGUUCUGGACGUGGAACGACUUUGACGGGCUGUCCGAUUCGGACGUCGACGACGCGCUCUCGAUGCGCGCAACGACGCGUGCCGCUGAGCAAGAGCUUCUGCAGCGAUCGAAGCUGUCGCGUGCGUCGCAGCCAUGGGACGAUGGCGCAAAACACCCAGCGGAGCGGAUUGCAAGCCCCGACGACGAGUUUUGGCCCGCGCCCAGUGCGACGCGGCAGGUGUUUGCGCCGAAACAGACGAAAAACGUGUAUUAA